AUGUUCGCUUUUUUAAGAUGGAUGCAUGCGCUAGCUAUCCUAUCGUUGCUGUCAUUCGUUGACUCAGCAAAUCAACCGAUAAAAGAAUUAAUUGUGGACACUGAUCUCUUCGACGCCAUUGACGACACAGCAGCGCUGCUUCUUGCUUCCACUCUACCAAACACCAAACUCCUCGCUGUGAAUGUCAACGUCAAUUCUACAUACUCGGCACUCGCUGCAUCUGCCAUUGUCAACUAUUACGGAUAUUCAUCCAUUCCAAUUGGACUACGAAGGCCAUACACCAAUGUGACCUCUUCUGAACCCUUUGGGAAAGAGUAUGCGAGCAGAGUGGCUGCCAGAUGGUCCGGAGGCUCUGUUCCUUGGUUCCAGGUCAACAAAACAUGGGACCCCGUGGAAUUAUAUCGCAAAACACUUGGCGAGGCAAAGAAUAGCAGCAUAACUAUUGUCUCCAUUGGAUUCAUGGGAUCUCUCUCAGGUCUAUUAAACUCUACAGCAGACAAAUAUUCCCCCUUGGAUGGAUACGGCCUGGUCAAAGCCAAGGUAAAGGAGUUGGUGGUAAUGGGUGGCGGAUACCUAGCAGAGCGGUCCCUUGAUCAAGAGUACAAUUUUGCCAUCCAAGAAGCACCACAUGUCGUUAAUACAUGGCCGAGCCUUGUACCCAUAACUUUCAUCGGAGCAGAACUCGGUGUACAAGUUUUGACAGGGGCACGAUUCACUACAUGCGGCCCCUCUGGCGACCCAGUAAGAACGAGUUUUGAGUGGUGGGGUGGGGCCAAUAUUUCACAGUAUUCUUGGGAUCAUCUGGCAAUGGCAUAUGCUGGUCGUGGUUUGGGUAACUGGUUCGAAUAUGCAAACGCAAAUGGCUACAACUAUGUAUACCCGAACGGCACCAACAUCUGGGUUGAAGACGAACGCAUAACCAACCAGCACUUUCUGAAGCUGAAGACCUCAAAUGAGACCGUAGCGAAGGGGCUGGAGGAUUUGUUACUGCGGGGCGCAUGGGCAAAUGCCCAAGUGGACUGA